AUGCAUAAAGUUAUUGCUGCUGCUAUUGAUUCAAAUAUUCUAUCAGCAUCGGAAUCAUUUAUUGAUCAAUGUUGUACACAAAAUGUUGGAUAUGCUCAAACUUAUGAUGAAAAAAUUUAUGAUGUUCGAGCACCACCUUCUAAACAUUUAGCUAUUGUAUGUUGUAUGGAUGCACGUUUAGAUGUUUUUCGUAUGCUUGGAUUAAAUCCUGGUGAAGCACAUGUCAUUCGAAAUGGUGGUGGUCGUAUUCGUGAUGCCGUACGUUCACUUGUUUGUAGUCAAACAUUAUUACAAACCAAGGAAGUUAUGAUUAUUCAUCAUACUGAUUGUGGUUUUACUUAUUUUUCAAAUAAUGAUCAAGUUAUGACUGCACUUAAAUUACAACCAGGAACUGAAGUCGGUAAUUUACCUAUUUUUCAAACAAUACCUGGUCAAGUAUCGGCAACAACUACACCCGAUUUUAUGCCAAUUGCUGAUUUAGAACAAUCAAUUCGUGAUGAUCUUGCUGAAUAUAAACAAUAUCCAAUGCUUAAUCAAAAUGUUACUGUACGAGGAUUUUUAUAUGAUACAAAAACAGGUCUACUCAAGGAAGUUAAAUAA